CUUUAGAAGUGAAAUAAUAAUCUUCACAGCAUUGGUAUACCACCGUUUAAAUUGGUAUGCCAUUGAAUUCAAGAUUGAAUAAGCAUUUCAUAAUUUUUUUACACAAGUAAACAACAUCCCCUAUGAACAGGUAUGUUGAUUCACCGACGAGGGAAAUUUGCCAUUUUUAUGACGUUUCUCAUCGUUUCAGCAUUUCUUUCCGUCGAAAUACGCUACAUCAAAUUGCCAGUCAGCUGGAACGGCGAACUCAAGCGGUUUUCUUUCCAAAGCCUCAUUCAUUUGUCUCCAAUUAAUCAAAGAGUGGCGCGUCCACACACAGAAGAUGCCUUGGUAAAAGAUGGCUUUUUGAAUGGAGCAGGUCAAAUACCUGUAUUUUACCAAGACAUCGAGCCAGAAGUCGGGGCGUAUCAUAUCUACUUCAUGGAGACCUCGUCGAGAAGAACCAUCACCCAAAGAGGUUUAUGCGUUAUAGAAAGUUGGUGUUCCGCUAACCGGAACGCCACAGUCUGGUACCUGGUGACGUCAGCAACGCUGGUGGAGGCCUCGUGGGUGGACUUGAUGGAGGUGGUUGCCGUCCACCGUAACCUCCGCCUCGCUUACCUCGAUUUCAACUUAGCGCUCAACGACACGCCGCUUGCUGGACUCUACGCAUCUGAUAAAUUCGCUGAAACUCUUGAAGAGUUCCUGCCCUACAACUUGAGCGACCUUUGUAGACUGGCGGUUGUCUACAAGUCAGGAGGCUUCUACUCUGACAUGGACACCCUGGCCCUGAGAUCUGUCCUUAAUCUCACGAAUUUUAUAGCGCUAUACAAUGACAAGACUAAACGUUUCGCGAACGCAGCCUUCCAUUUCGAGCGCAGGCACCUCAUGCUUCUGAAGAUCAUGCAACACAUCGCUGACCACUACGAUGGAAUCAUUUGGGCCUACAACGGCCCUGUGGCCAUAAUGCAGACGGUUGAGCGGUUGGGCUGCGACGUAAUACCAAGCAACGCAACGGGAGAAUCUAUUUCAAUUCAAUCCCAACCCGCAGUUCUUGGAAAUUCUACAAAACAUAAGAAAAAACCAGCAAGGAAACUUGAGGUCUGCGAUUGGCUGGUUUUGAAACAAUCCAUCUUCUAUCCCAUUCAUUGGUCACAUUCUCACGGAAAACUAUUCCUCGCUUCGCGCAAGGGCUCCAACAACCAAACAAUCGAAGAAAUCUUCCCCGGCAGCUAUGGCGUGCACUUUGGCGACAAAUUCAUGAAAGAAAUUUACCCACAAAAGGGUAGCCUAAUCCUCAAGAUCGUACGUCAAGUCUGCCCCAUUAUUAUAACAAAACAUCCUUUCCUGAAAAAUAUUGCAUGACGCGGUUAUAUGUUUUCACAUAAAAAAUAAAAAUGACUAACGCAGCCGAAUCCGCUUAUAAGCUACUCCACUUCCAAAAAAUUGUCAGCAUAUUGAAUAAACCCACUCGACAUGCAUGGACAUCAAACUUUCGGCAGUAAAAUAUUUCUAUUUUAUUUUGAGGGAAAUAUUGCUCCAUCUUACAUCUUCAUCUUACAAAAUCUGUAUGAUGUUUGGCUCCUGAUUUAGGGAUGCCAGAGACUCACCCAAUACGUUAAUUAGCGGCUCUAUGCCCGGAUCAGCGUCUAGUUUGCUGAACGAAAUGGCACGGUAUUUAGCAAGCUGUAAAAUUUAUGGCAAAUCUGUGUUGAUACGUCUUACCUUCGUAAUACGUUAUACACAGAAUACGUCCGAGUCUGACAAGGAUUUGGGAAACAGCUCCUCUCCUUAAUUAAGCAAGGAAAUAACUUUUACUCAACAGGGAACAUGAGAGCAACAAGCAAGGUAUAUUUAUUUAAAUGUUCGUAGGUAAUUAAUUAGUCUGGUGUACUUUUCCAUUGAGAGGUUUUCACAAUACAUGUAUAAACAACA